AUGAACUUCUGGAAUCCCCAGGGUACCGGGUUCAAAUCUCAUCUCCUCCGUCUCUAUACAGAUACAUAUAUAGACGACGAUACAGGGAGCACUGCCGGCGCCUGUGCUGCUGCCCUGAAUGCGAAUGCCGUCUCCGCAUCCUUUUCCAGCUCCUCGCUACUGGACGAUCCCUCCUGCAUGGCGCUGACGGCCGAUGAUCUGAACACCCUCCAUCAGCCAGGCAACCUCCUCCGCGAUGCACGCCGCUCCCAGUACUCCGUAUACAUACAAAACAGUUGGGCACACCACCAGCGUUUCCAUGUGGUUUCACUGCCACAAAUGACUGUCGCAACUAGCGUGGAGACGGAACCACUCUGCAACUGGCCAAUCCCGCCGGCGCCCCUCUGGAUGUCGCCCUACUUGGCGGGCGCUCUAAUUUCGGCUCAGCCUGGGUUAGGGACUUUAGGGCCCCUAGGAAACCAGGUCUUCCGCGACAAGAUGGGGCCGGAGCGCGCUCGAUGGCCGUGGAACCUCGGGCCCAAGCGAAAAAUAUACCCGGCUCGUACAUAUACACUUACAUACAUGCUGGCUGCGGUUGCGGCAAGUGGCCUCCUCGGCGUGCGGCCUUUUACCCUCAUCGUUCGUUGGGGCCCAGGCGCAAACCAAGCGAGAUGGAGCCCGUGA